UAUGGCGAGCGGUGACAGCCAGGACACUUUUGAGUCGUGGCUCAACAGAGCCACAGAUCCAAAUAAUGAGGAGGACAAAUGGGACUGUAUUCAGGGCUUCUACCAGCUUGUCAACCAGGAGACUGAGGGGCCACAGGUGGCACUUCGUCUGCUUGCCCAUAAAAUCCAGUCUCCACAGGAGAAAGAAGCUCUGCAGGCUCUCACCGUUCUUGAGGCGUGCAUGAACAACUGUGGAAAGAGGUUCCACAGUGAGGCCGCCAAGUUUCGCUUUCUGAAUGAGCUGAUUAAAGUCUUGACACCGAAGUACUUUGGCACGUGGACUCCACAGAAAGUCAAAGACAGAGUGACGGAGGUCCUGUACGGCUGGACGCUCUGGCUCAAAGAAGAACCAAAGAUUCAGGAGGCGUACCGCAUGCUGAAGAAACAGAACAUUGUGAAUAAAGAUCCCAAACUUCCGGACACAGUGAUUAUGGCCCCGCCUUCACAAAGAACCACCGAAUCUGUUUUUGACCAAGAAGACAAGGCCACGCUGUUAGCAAGAUUACUGAACAGUAGCCGUCCUGAAGACCUGGAGACUGCCAACAGGCUGAUUAAAAGCACCAUGAAGGAGGAGCAGGAAAAGGUUGAGAAGGUGGCAAAGCGAGAGUCCACUCUGAAGGAGGUGGAGUGCAGCACCAAGCAGCUCCGAGAGCUGCUGGACCAGCACGUAGUUACUGGGACAUCAUUCCAGCCCAGCGAUGAUGUGAAGGCGCUGUAUGAGCGCUGUGACCGGCUGAGGCCGAGCCUCUUCCGGCUGGCCAGCGACACGAUGGACGACGACGCAGCUCUGGCGCAGAUUCUGGCCGCAAACGACGAGCUGACGCUUGCAGUAAAUGCUUACAAAGACGUGAUGACGAGAGGAGAGCAUAACGGAGGAAGAACAAGAAGUAAAAGUGAAGAAGUAACCGCACCUACAAGCCCCCGAGAGAUUAAAAGCUACCACCUCAUCGACCUGUCAGCUCUAGACUCCCCUCAGACCCAAAGAAAAGCGAAUCCACAGCCUGAAUCCUCUUCACCACUUCUCUCCUCACAUUUGGAGAGCUUCUUUUUCUCAGAAGCUGAGCAGGACUCAGAGUUUGAUGAUUUAGUCUCAAAACAGACUCACCACACUCAAAAGUCGUACUACGAAGAUCUGAUGCAGUUGGACAAAGACCAUCAGAAGAUAAAUUCUGAGCAGAACGGAGGGAGGGACUCUUUACUGAGAGCUCGUGGAUGUGGAGGAAGCAGCUCUACACCAAACAGAACAAAUAUCUGGUCCCUCCCUGAUGUCCAGAAGGUCCCGGUGUCAGAAUCGCCUCUGAAAACACAGAAACAAACAAAUCAAGUGUCUGGGUCUUGGCAGAAACCAGAGAACAGUUCCUGCCCGCCUCAGUCCCUGAAGAACGUCUUCGUUCCUCUGGAGGACAUUAAAUCUGGUCAGCUGGAGCCUAUCAUCAUUUUCAACCAGGCCGGUAUCCACGUGUCGCUUCAUUUUGCCAGAGACUGUCCUUCAGGUCAUCCGGGGGUCGCCGUGGUCGUCGUGUCGGCAUUGAACACAUCUGCACUCGAAGUGAAGGAUUUUAUGUUUCAAGUUGCUGUGCCAAAGAGCAUGUCGGUGAAGCUUCAGCCAGCCUCUCAGACUCGUCUCCCUCCUUACAAUCCUCUCCUGCCUCCACCUGCCGUCUCACAGGUUCUGCUGUUGACUAAUCCUCAAAGUAGUAAAAUUCGGCUGCGCUACAAGCUGACAUUGAUACAUGGAGACCAGCAGCUGAAUGAGACGGGAGAAACUGACACUUUUCCUGACUGGAACACUUUGAUCAAGAACUAA